AAUCGAGUCAGUUUUAAAAAAGAAAAAAAAAAUAUAUGCGAGUGAAAAAUUGGAAAGGAAAUAGGUGGAAACGGUCUCCCCCUUGAGCGGCGGAGGGACGGAAAAGUUGCCGCAAUCUAGCCCCUACAUCAAUUCCUGCGGUAACUGAAAACAUUGCCGUCUUCGAUAAAUGAAGAGACCGAGAUCGGAAAUACCACUCUCCGCCGCCUCCAGAUCACCUCCAUCAUUACCUCAUACACCACCACAAAGGCUCCUCAAACCUCACAACUGCAAAGCUACGAGCCAAAUCUCCUCCAAAAAACACAAAAAUUCCAUCCUCAAAGUCGCCGCCGCAGCCGGAAAAACGACACACCUCGCAACCUGGGCCCCACUUGACCUCACCCAAUCGGAACUGUCUCUCCCCCUCACAUUUCCCACUGGCCAAACCUUCCGCUGGAAACAAACUGGUCCUCUCCAGUACACCGGCACUCUGGGCCCUCACUUGAUAUCCCUCAAACACCAUAAUCAAAACGGCGAUGUUUAUUACCGCAUCCACCGAACUCCCUCUGAGUCCGCUGCCAAAUCGGCUCUUCUCGACUUCCUUAACAUAGAUAUCUCACUCACCGAUAUCUGGGCUGAGUUCUCGGCUUCGGAUUCGCGGUUUGCUGAGCUGGCGCGGCACUUGAAGGGGGCUAGGGUUUUGAGGCAGGACCCACUGGAGUGCUUGAUCCAAUUCCUGUGUUCUUCCAAUAAUAACAUUGCCAGGAUUACUAAAAUGGUUGAUUUUAUAUCUUCUUCGGGAGAACAUCUGGGGAGUGUUGGGGGUUUUGAGUUUCACGAGUUCCCGUCUCUGGAACGAUUGGCUAUGGCUACUGAGCAGGAGCUUAGAGAGGCUGGUUUUGGUUACAGGGCAAAAUAUGUAACUGGCACUGUAGAUGCUUUGCAAUUAAAACCUGGUGGAGGUGCAGAGUGGCUUGCAUCACUCCGUAAAUUGGACCUCCAAGUGGUGAUUGAUGCACUUUGUACUUUACCUGGAGUUGGGCCCAAAGUAGCAGCGUGCAUAGCACUUUUCUCUCUUGAUCAACACCACGCCAUUCCUGUUGAUACGCAUGUGUGGCAGAUUGCUACAAGAUAUCUCCUACCUGAGCUUGCUGGAGCCCGCCUGACACCUAAGCUAUGCGGUCAAGUGGCAAAUGCAUUUGUAAGCAAAUAUGGGAAAUAUGCUGGAUGGGCACAAACUCUACUUUUCAUUGCUGAGCUGCCUGCACAGAAAACAAUUUUACCAUCUCAAUUUGCAACUAACAAAGAGAUUAAACCUGCUGUCGAGAAAGACAGUGAAGUAGAUGAUGAGCAGAUCCAUAGCUCUCAGGACCUCUCCUGGCAAGCAAGGAGUCUGGAAGAUGAUCUAUCGUGGCAUUUGAACCGUUGAAGAGUGAUAUCUAAAGUCUAUAUUAUGCACAUUUACCGGUUGGUUCUACAAACCAUCAUGUGUGCAAGCGUGCACAAACAUGCACAGAGAUACUUGUACAUGCGUGCAUUUUCUUUUUUGGGUAUCAGAUGAGCUAUGUAGUGUGGGAUAGCCCCUGCCCAGCACCACGUGCCUCCCUCCCCCAGGGUCUCAUUUGGUUUGUUCCCUUCAUUUAUAUUUAUUUUUCUAAAACUCCUUUCAUUAGUAGACUGCAUGACUGAUUUGAAGUUUUGGUUCUCAAUGCAAUAUUUCUGCUUUUGUAAUUUAAGUACUUGGUUGUGCUGUUCCUCAUUUUAUAGUUGUAAAGAAGUUCAAAUUCAAGCAGACUGACUGCCAAGGAGAUCACCAAUGUAGAGCAUUUUAUUUGCUUUUACGCCUUAGGAUUAUUGUUUGUAGAGCACUUCCUGACACAUUUUUUAUGUGAUCUAUUUUUCAAGCCUUUUCAAUUCAAGUUCAAGACUAAUAUUUUGAUUCAUGUAAUGCACAUAAAUUUUUAUCAACAAAGAAGGUUUCUGACUUUUAUGAGGGC